AUGCACUCACGCGAUAUCCCAGACCUGAACGUAUCCGUGGCUGAGCUGCUGAGCACAGUCUCUACGAUUACUUUGGUCGUUAUUGCUGGAAGAGUCGUGAUUGCUGGUGUGCUUUCCGGAGUCUGUGUCGCUGAAAGGGUUGAGGUCGGCGUGACAGAGCAAGUCUACCGGGUCGGCUCGACAGAAGCAGUUAUCAAGGAACGGAGGUCCCUCACAACCCAGUUGUUCGCCGAGGUCGCCUUCGUCAAAUCUGAAGUUUCCGCCACAGUCGACACAGGAUAG